AUGGGGGGCGAAUGGGCGAACGCGGAUGAGGAGUUCGUUACGCUCGAGCCGAGGCACGACGACGACGACGACGGGGCUGGAGAGAUCGAGCUGGUGGAUCUGCGGGGGGGCGACGGAGACGAUGCGCGCGGGGGGUCGAUCGGAUCGACGUCGGGAGGGACGGGUGAACGAGGACGUUGGAAACCGCUCGCGGCGGCGAUGGCGUUCGCGAUUGCGACGUGUUACGCCGACCGGUCGAACAUCUCGGUCGCGAUCGUGGCGAUGAAGGAUCAGUACGAAUGGACGAAAACGCAACAGGGUUUGGUGCUGAGUGCGUUUUUUUACGGGUACGGGGCGACGCAGAUCGUGGGUGGGAGAUUGGCGGACGCGAGAGGCGGUCGGGCGGUUUUGCUCGGGGGGGUGUGCGCGUGGAGCGCGGCGACGGCGCUCACACCGGGCGCCGCGGGGUUAGGUCUAGCGCCGCUGAUAAUCAUGCGCAUAUUGCUCGGUGCCGGGGAGGGGGUGGCGUUUCCAGCGACGCACGCGGUGAUCGCGCGCGAGGUCCCGGUGGCGAAACGGUCGACCGCCGUGGCGGCGGUCACGGCGGCGAGCUACGCGGGCGCGGCGUUCGCCUUCGCGGUGACGCCCGGGUUGGUGAGUGAGUUCGGGUGGUCGAGUGCGUUUUAUAGUUUUGGUGCGAUCGCGCUGUUCUGGAUCCCGAUUUGGCUAGCGAUGCAGGCGUCCGACUCUAAUGAACAGAGCAAAGGCGACGAAUCGCGUCGUUUGAUGUCGACCGACGCGUCUGUGUCCGAGGCUACGUCGAUGGAGAUCUGGCGCGAGCUCGUUUCACGUAAAGAGGUCAAGGCGAUAUGUGUCGCGCAGUUCACGCAGAGCUGGGGCAUGUACGGUUUGCUCUCAUGGUUACCCACGUACUUCAAUGAGGCGCACGGCGUGGACAUUGCGGAUCUCCCUGCUUUCACGUUCGUACCUUACAUCCUCCAGGGCGUCCUGGGCAUGGGUGUGGGCAUUCUCGCGGACGAUCUCAUUAACGUUAAGAAUGUUCCGGUGAAAACUGUUCGACGCGUGGCACAGUGUACCGGCACUGUCGGCCCAGCCAUCGCGCUCCUCGUCGCCGCAUCACCCGCGGCGACGCACGAUCCCAUCCUUGCCGCCGUCUCCGUCGACAUCGGACUCGCCCUGAGCGCGCUCACCCUCGCCGGCGUCUCAGUUUCUCACCUAGAUAUCGCUCCCCAGCACGCGGGCAUGGUCUUCGCCACGGGAAACACGAUGGCCACGCUCGCCGGCAUCAUCGCCGUCCCGCUCAGCGGCUUGGUCUUGGACGCGAGCGAUCAAAACUGGUCCCUCGUCUUCGCCAUCAUCGCCGUCGUCUACGUCUUUGGCGCCGUUUACUGGUUCUUCAACCUCGGUGACGAACCACUCACGCUCAAAACGGACCCAUAG